AUGUUUGGUUUGUGUAAGCUUUUUUACAAGAUAAUUCGCUCCUCCAUCAUUCGGGAUUUUGUGAUCUUGCUUUACGAUUCCUUCUCCGAAGGGUCGUAUGAGCAUGAUGAUGACAUAUUGGCAGAUAGCAGCAGUAGUACUACUGCUCCAGAACCAGCGAUCGGCGUUUACGAGUGGAAGCCGGCGGCGGCGGGGUCUACUAGGGAAGUAGAAGAAGAAUCAUGUGCAGUGUGUCUGAGCAAGAUUGAAGAAGGAGAAGAGAUGAGAGAGCUGAGAUGUGAGCAUCAUUUUCAUAGAGUUUGCUUAGACAGAUGGAUUGGAUACAAGGGCGUAACCUGUCCCCUUUGUCGUGAUUUCCUAUUUCUGAGUCAAACUGUCUACAGCACUGCUGAACUUGGGGUGGAACUGGAAUUGCUGCAUUUUAAAUAUUGUUGUUUGAGUUCUUCCGGUCACCGGCGCGAGACAUGGUGGCUACGCUAG